UGUUCCCAAACAAAGACUCAAAACGAUUAACGUUGCGAAAAACAGCAGAGAUAAAACGCUAACAGAGAUCAAAAUACAAAUAGUCGUUGUUGUCCAGACUCAGUUUUAUUAACGGCGAGUGAAAAAACAAUCAAAGAAGUGAACAAAUAAUGAAUCUUUCCUUUGCUGGCUGCGGUUUUUUGGGUAUUUAUCACGUCGGUGUCGCAGUGUGCUUCAAGAACUAUGCACCACAUUUAUUGUUAGAAAAGAUUGGUGGAGCCUCGGCUGGUUCCCUAGCCGCAUGUUGUUUGCUCUGUGAUCUGCCACUGGGCAGCAUGACCUCUGAUUUUUUCCGUGUGGUCAAUGAAGCACGUCGCCAUUCCCUUGGACCGUUCAGUCCAUCGUUUAACAUACAGACUUGCUUGCUCGAAGGAUUACAAAAACAUUUGCCUGAAGAUGCUCAUAAGCGAGUUAAUGGACGUCUUCACAUAUCACUAACCAGUGUUUUUGAUGGCCAGAAUGUUAUCAUAUCCGAGUUUGAGUCGCGCGAAGAGGUUCUACAGGCGUUACUCUGUGCUUGCUUUAUUCCUGGAUUCUCGGGUAUAUUGCCACCUCGAUUUCGUGGAGUACGUUACAUGGACGGCGCAUUUUCUAACAAUUUGCCUAUAUUGGAUGAGAAUACGAUUACAGUCAGUCCAUUCUGUGGCGAAAGCGACAUUUGUCCGCGGGAUCAAAGCUCACAGCUAUUUCACUUCAACUGGGCAAACACAAGCAUCGAGAUCUCACGACAAAAUGUCAAUCGAUUUGUGCGCAUUCUUUUUCCGCCACGUCCUGAGUUCCUCUCCAAGUUUUGUCAACAGGGCUUCGAUGAUGCUCUCCAAUUCUUGCACCGCAACAAUCUAAUAAACUGCCGACGUUGUGUGGCAGUUCAGUCUACAUUUGUGGUGUCCGAGACAGUUGCACAACCUCCAGAAUUCGAUCCAGAGUGCCGGGAAUGUAAGCGGCAUAGAAAGGACGCUUUAAGCUCUAAUAUGCCACAGACCGUGCUGGACGUCAUACAAGAUUACAUUGAACAGGCAAAUAAGGGCUUAGCUAACUGGAUAUUUAAGCAUCGCGGAAUCAAACUUUUAUCGCUGCCAGCUACAGUGCCAAUGGACUUCUUACUGGCGACAGUGUAUAAAAUUACAAGUCUGACCCCGAAAUUGACAAAGCAAAUGCGUCAACUGGCUAAUCAGCUUAAUAAUGCGAUUCAAAUGCGUCUAUUUAGCAAAUUUACGCUAUAUGAUCAGCCACAUUUUGAUACCACUGGCUUGUUACAUUCAAGCCGUUUAUAUGGACCACGAGUUUCGAUACUCGUUGAUGAGUGUGGCGCAUCUCCAUUAAAUGUGGAUGUUGAUAACUUUGAACAUGUUCUCAAGAUGAGUACGCAUAAUGACGCUUUAUAUGCCUACUAUUACACGGAUAACAGCACCAAUCAUGUGAAAGUUACCGAAAUCUUUGAUUUUGAUGAAAUGACAGAACACGGUGAACUAGCAACCAACUUGCAACUGUAUGAGGGCUCUGUAGAAGAUCAUCCCAAUCCACGCCAACCACAUUCUCACAAUGCUGUCGUCAGUGAAUGGAAUGGCGUCGAGUCCGACUUUUUUAUUGAUGCUCAAUCCCCAAAUUCGACCGAAUUACCUAUGCAAGGAAUGGCUCAACUGGCAUUUUUUUCCACCGUCAACAUCGAACAUAACACGACUGGUUUCAAUGAACCACAGGCUGAAGCAAAUUCGAAUACGUCUAACGAUUUGUGUAUAGAAAUUGAAUGAGACCCAACAUGACACAGACUCAAUAUCGAAUUUGUAAUGCAACAUUUCCAAAGCGGCUCUUAGCUAAGCGAUGAGCCAUCUAGCUUUCCGUUAGCUUGUAAUACUUAUAAUCGUAGUACGAAAACGUAUGUACCUAUGUAAUUUAUAUAUUUUAUGUAAUCUCCAUUUGCUACUGCUCGUUGCACAUCAUUGAAAUUUUAUAUACUCUUGCCUGUUCUAAUGUAAAACUUCAAACCGAGACUCAUCUAUGUUAAAUGUCUCCUGAAUCGAAUAAUAAAUAAAUUAAUAUAUAAAA